AUGCCUAAAUCCAAAUCGACCCCGAAACCAUCCGGCCGGGCGAACCCGCUGGCGAAAAAGAACAAGGUCAAACGUCCUCAAGUUCAGGUGACUUACGAGGACGGCCAAUCGAGACCGAACGUCUUGAGCGUUCCCAGAAAAGCGAAAGACGUCAAGGGCAAGGGCAAGGACGUUGUUGAACCCGAGAGCGAGGUGGAAGAAGACGAAGAUGAGGAGGAAGACGUAAAACCGAUCAUCGUCAAAGAGGAAGACGGCGAUUUCCAGACCGCCUUCGAACAAUCCGUCUCGUCCACCACAUCCGGCACCUCUUCAGCGGAUUUCAUCAUCAUCGCCGGUUCAUACGAAAAGAACCUCUACGGGAUCGAAGGUACCUUCAUCUCCCCGCUCAACGAGGACGGGACGCACGAUACCGGGGCCGGACCCGAACUGAAGCUGGUCCCCAGUUUCAUCUUCCCCGCGCAUUUGGCUUGUAUAAAAUCCUUGUCGGUCAGCCAGGGAGCGAAGUGGUUGGUCACGGGGAGCGAUGAUGAGUAUAUCAAGGUCUGGGAUCUCAGACGGAGAAAGGAGAUCGGGAUGCUUAAUCAGCACGUCGGCACCAUCACCUCCCUAACAUUCCCCUCACCCUCCCACCUCCUCUCAACCUCGGAAGAUGCCACCAUCACAGUCUUCAGGACCCGAGACUGGGUACCCCUCCGGACGCUCAAAGGCCACACUGGGCGUGUCAACUCUGUAGACGUGCAUCCUAGUGGGAAAGUAGCGUUGAGCGUGGGGAAAGACGGGACGUUGAGGAUGUGGGAUUUGAUGAGAGGUCGGGGGGCUAGUAGUCUGGGUUUAGGGUUUGAGGCGGAGCUGGUCCGAUUCUCGAAAUCGGGCAAGACGUUUGCCAUCCUCGGGUACGGCGGGAUCGAGAUCUACACCAUUGGCAUGAAAAAAGUAGCUACCCUGACCCACCCGAAACGAAAACGCCUGCACGAUAUCCGAUUCGGAUCCGUCACCUCGCCCGAAGGGGAAGACGUCGAGCUGCUUUUCACGGGAACUGAGGAUGGCAAGGUCUAUACGUGGGAGUUGAAGGAAGAUCGGGCCGAGCAGGUAGACGGCGAGGGUGAGGGCGAGGGCGCGGGCGAGGUGUGCGUGUUAAAGGGGAUCUUUGGGGGGCAUUCUAACAGGGUAAAGAACGUCGACUUUUUGAUUACAAAACGACCUUCCCCACACUCUCCCUUACCCAUAAUCGUCACCGUUUCCUCCGACGGCAAGAUGAACGUGCACGACGUCACUGCCAUCUUCAAGAUCUCAUCAACGGAUCAAGAGAUCGAGCCCAUGGCGAGUUAUGAUACGGCAGGGAGCCGGCUGGUCUGUUGCCGCGUUGCCGAGGUCAAGCGGACAGUCAAGCAGAUCAAGCAGGAGGCAGAUGUCAAGGCUGAACAGGUCAAGAAGGAGGAGCCUGGUUCAGGCGCACAGCUGAGGUUCAAGGACGACGAUGGUGGCGAUGACGAGGACGGGAACGGGGAUGAUGGUGCAGAGGUGGAUGGGAUGGACGAGGACGAAGUGGAGCAAGAGGAAGAGGACGAGGAGGAAGAAGAGCUUGAAGACGAAGUGGAAGAGGAGUAGACUGACCUGUACCAAGAUGGCAAAAAGGAUCACUUUUUCGUCUGCAAUAAAUAAGGCAACUUUGCGCAUCACGCGACGUAUUCAAGCAUCUUUUCACCUAAUUCGCGCAUUCUUGUGCGCAUACGAGCAUCUUUUCUGCGCACAUGAGGAUAUUUUUGCUCCAUUUGCACAUUUUCCCGUCGAGCAAGCGGUUUACGCUCUGG